AAUAAUCAGUCAAUCAAUCAAUUAAAUUAUUUAGUUAUUUAUUUAUUAUUAGAUUUGAAAUAAAGAAAGAAAGAUAUAUUUUGUAAUUUAAUUAGAAAAAAAUUUAUUGAUAAGCAAUAAAAAAUGAGUGUUUAUCCACAUUUAAAAGGUUAUUAAAUAAUUAACGAAAUAGGGCAGGGAGCAUUUGCCAGAGUUUAUAUAGGAAUGAAUUGUAAUGGCAAGGAAUUCGUAGCGAUAAAAUAAAUUAGCAGUGAAAGAAUAGAUGGUCAAAAAAAUAGGUACUUGUAGAAAGAAUUAGAAACAAUACAAUUAUUGAUUAAAGAAUCACAGUAUCCUGAUUAUAGUCGCUUUUUAACAAAAUUUUACAGUUUUUAAUCAGUUAAUAACUGUUAUUACAUAAUUAGUGAAUUGUGUGAAUAUGGAGAUCUUUGUUCACACUUAUUUAAUUUUUAUGAUUAAUAUACAUUUGAGAUUAAAUUAGAAUUCUUAGUUGAAAUAAUAUCAGGCAUUGAAGCUCUUCAUAAAAUGGGUAUCUCUCAUAGAGAUAUCAAAACAGAUAAUAUCCUUAUCGCUUUAGAUAAAUAAACUUAACAUUAUUAUCUUAAGAUAACAGAUUUUGGUAUUUCAUCUUUGAAAAUGGAGAAUUUGUAGUCGAAAGUAGGCACAGUUGUAUACAUGGCUCCUGAAAUUUUAAACUCAGCAAAUUAUGAUUACAAAGUAGAUAUUUGGAGCUUUGGAAUAAUAGCAUUUGAGAUUAUGAAAAAUGAGCUUUACUUUCCAUAUGAUGGUGAUGCUAACACAAUAAAUUAAAUUAGGAAACACACUAAAUAUCAGAGAGGAUUAAUAGAUAAUUUAGAAAUAGAAAACAUCUUAGAAUUAUGUCUCCAAAAAGACCCUAAAUAAAGACCUGAGGCAUCUUUAAUUAAACAAAGAUUAAUGAAACUUUAGAUAGAUAUGUUCCAUAAAAAAAUGCCUAAGGAUUAGAUGAAUAACUAUCAGCAACCAUAAUAAUAUCAAUAGUAAGAUAUUUAAUAAUAGAGCAAAUAGUAUUAACCCUCUGAAUGGCAAAGUUAGUAAUAAUAACAGCAAGAACAACUUUUUGAAAAUUAUUAAUAAUAAAUAAAAAAAAUAACUUCUAGUCUUUUAGGUCUUUCUGCUUAAAAUCUAGCCAAAGAUUAGAAUUCUGUUCUUUCAUAUUUAACUUAGUAUAAGUAUAAUGAAGAAUAAAUAAAUAAUUAAAAUGAAUCUCAUGUUAACUAAGAUGAGUUAGAAAAAGCUAAAAAUUAGAUGAAUAAAACAAACUUAAAAAACAGAAAUUAAGAAAACAAAUCUCACUUAAAUGGUAGCUCAUAACAAAAAUAAUAGAGUCAAUAGUCAGCAUAAUCAUCAAAUACUAAUUCUUAAAAUAGCAAUCAAAAAUAAAUUGACUAAAUUGAAUCCAUUAAUAAUUAAGAUAAUGAUAAAAGUCUAUCUAAAAACUCACAAUCUCAAAACUUUUAAUAGUUAAAUUAAUCGAGUUAGCCAAUUUUAAACUAAAGGAAAACAAAUAAUAAUACUAAAAUAAAUAUGACAUCCCAUCUAAGCUAUAAUUAAGACUAAUAAAGUUAAAAAAAUGAUAAAUGCUUAUAAUAUUUGACUAUUUUUUUGGUCUUUAUUUUGAUUUGUUUAUCCUACAAUAUUUUUAUAAAGUGA